AAAAAAAAAAUAUAUGCAAGUGCUUAUGAAAAUUGAUUGAAGAUUCGAUUUAAUUUACCAAAAAAGUAAGUUUUUGUAUUUUAUUUCUAUGGUAAUAUUAUAUAUCAUAAUUUUAAAACCAAAUUAUUAGGAAAACUAUUUGAUUAAAAGGUAAGAAUGUAAGAUUCUUAACAAAUAUAAUAUGAACCAGUUAUAAAUUUUACAUUUCCGUGUGUCAAGAUAAAAUAUUUGUUCUGAUUGGCUGUUGUCCAAAAAUCCUAUUUCCAGCAUAUCCAGAGUUAUAAUUUUAGAUUGGACUGGAUCAAAUUCAAAUUUUCUGGGCUCUCAUCAUUUUAUUACUUUUGUCAUAGUUUUUUUUAUUUUUAAUUUCAUUGUUUUUAUUCCAUUAUCUAUAUUUUCGAAGUGUUUCCAUCAAGGUAAGAACUCUUGUCAUGCCCAAUGUAAACUAGAAUUUCCUACUAAUUGUAUGUUUUAAAAAUAAUUUCUAAUAAUUUAAAAUUGACUAGUUUAUUACGUUUAUAUAAAUUCAAUAAAAAGAAAAAAAAGAAUCUAAGAUAUUUUUCUAUUUACCAAUUAUCAAAACAUUUUUAUCUUUAUUCAAUUACUUAAUAAAAUAAAAUAAAUAGGUAUGUGUAAUUAGGUUAGGUAUAAGUUCAAAUUAUUUUUAAACUUUGAAAACAUCAGUAGGUAUUAAAAAAAAAACUAAAAUAAAUAUUUGACAUAGAUAAAAAUAUAUUUAUAUUAUUGUUUUAUUAUACAAUGUAUACCUAAUAUUAGUAUAUAUAUAUAAUAUUAUAUGACAUUUUAUAUAUUGUGUACAUUUUCCUCACAGAAUAAAAUUAAAACAUUUAUAUUAUAAAAAAAAAAAAUAUUACAUUAUUAUUAAAAUUAUAGUUAAAAAUAUUUUUAUUAAUUGAACUGAUAAUAAAUUUUGUUUCAAAUAAAUUAUCAUAUUUUUUUCUGAUUUGUUCACCUUGGUCAUCAAAUGAAGAUUUAAAAUUAUUAUUAACAAUUCUGAUUUUCUUACCAAGUGUUUUAUUAGUAAGUUUUCUUGUGUGUGAAUGCAUUAUAGUCAUAGUUGUAAAAGUGUUGUUCUUUUGAAGUCCUAUAAACAUCCACAUUUUGGUUUAUUGAAAUUGUUUAAGUGUUUGAAUUUGUAAUGCUAUCUUUACAUUUACAUAAAAUGAAUAAUAAUUAUAGGUAGUACAUAUAUUAUAAAAUCACGUUUUACAAGCCUUGUGUUCGUCCAAUUUCUAGUUGAGUUUUGGAAAACAUAUUCUAAUAAUGUUGGUGACUUGACAAAAAUUAUCAAAAAUAAUACUUUCUACAUUGAUCUUUAUUAUUACUUUUUUCUUUUCAAGGGGUAGAAGCCUAAACAUUAUUAGAUUAAAUAAAUGAAACUUGUUUAAAAGUUUGAAGGGAGAAAUGUCUGGGUGGUAAAAAAUCAGUAGGGGAGAAAUAUCCGUUUUGCAUAUUAUACUAAUAUUAUAAUAUAAUAUUAUUUAUUAAGAAAAUGGAAUUCUUAAGUUUAAUUAUAAAUUAUGGAAUAAAAUAGUUCAAUAAAACAAAUUAAUGUUAAAUUUUUUAUCCUAAUCUAUUGAUUAUCUUUAUGAAGCUAUAAGAAAAUGGUGUAUACUAUUACUAUUUGAUUUUUAAUUAAUAAGAAUAGUUUUAAUUAGGUUCUACAUUAAUAGUUUUAUGAAUAGAUAAGAUAAAUUGUAUAUCUUAUCUAUAUACCUACCUUAAACUAUAUAAUUAAUAUAAAAUAAAAGUAAAACUAAUGUUGUAAUUGUUGAUAAUUACAUUUAAGAUUUGUUUAAGAUUAAUAUCCACUAUUGAAUCCUUUUAAUAUUAAAAGGAUUGUUAGUUUGCUACAAUAGUUGUUGUACGGAUUAAUUAAUAGUUCUUUAACAUAAAAUAAAUGUUAUUAUAAUUGUUACACAGGAAAUUAUAAUAAUAUACUAUUAUAUAUAUUAUUUUAAGUUGAUUUAUAUAACUAGCAACUAUGGUUUUAAUUAUAAUGUAUAUUAUAUGGAAACUGUAACUUUAGUUUUAAUAGAAAAAUUUUUAUUUAGCUAUAAUUUGUAUUAUAUGCCUUAUUCAAAAAUAAUUUAUCGUACAUUUUUAAGUAUAUAUAUGUUGUCCAGAUAUUACUAAAGUACAUUUCUUGAUAAUAUAUUUUACUAUUUUUAAUUCAAAUAAUUAUUUUACUUAAUAAUAUCAGUACACUGCUAUAUUUUAUCCAAUAGGAAUACCUAUGUACCUGUAUAUCAUAGAAAAUAAUAUUGUAAUAUUCUUGUAUACUAUUUGUUGAACAGUUAUAGAAUCUGAGCCUUAAUAUUUAUAAUUCAAUUGAUUUUAUCUGUGUUUUAUUAUUAAAUUACAUUAAUCUUAAAAAGUAAUCCAUUUAGUAUAAUGGUAUAAUUUUUUUCUUUUUCAAUUAUAUUAAUUAAAUAUGUUUCUAUAUAGAGCAUUAUUAGAUCCCAUAUUAGGUAUAUUAUUUUGGAACUUUUAUCAAUAUAAUUGCCUUAUAUCCUACUUAUGUGGCUACUUUGAAGAGCUAAUAUUUAAUUUAAUUCAUCUGUUAUUUUAAAACUCAUAGUGCAUUUUAAAAUAAAGUGAAUCUCUAACCUUUUAAUAACUUAUUCUAUUAUAAAUUCUUAUUGAAGGCAUUAUACUGAUAAUAAUUAUUAUAUAUAUUAUAAUAUAUUUUGUUUAAUCUAAGAAUUAUUAAAUUAAAUAUUUUUUAUAAAUUUUGUUUUCCAUGCAAGUAUAUAUGAAAAGUAAACACAAAUAAAUUUAAUUGUUUUGUAUAGUACUCAAAUUAUUAAUAUUUGAUAUGUUUUUAGUUAAGUAGAAUCAUACACUUGCAGAAUGAGUACAGAGGAUUCUCAACAGUUUUGUCUCAGAUGGCAUAAUUAUCAAAGUUCUCUUAUGUCAACUCUGCCACAGCUUUUAAAUCAUGAUGAUCUGACUGAUGUUACAUUAUGUGCUGGUUUGAAGUCACUUAAAGCACAUCGUGUUGUUUUGUCAGCAUGUAGUGAUUAUUUCAAACAAUUAUUCAAAGCGCUCACAAAAGUAAGAUUCUUUCAUUUUUUUAAGUAUUAAAUUAUAGACAAAAUAUUUUAUUUUAAUUUAUUAGUAUUAUUUUAUAAAUAACUAUGUUUUACUUAAAAAGAUAUUUGUGAUAUUAUAAUUGGAUUCAAUUUGAUUGAUAUGUUUAUUUUAGCACAUUUAGUUUUUAAUAACAUGUUUUUGUUAGCUUUUGAAAAUACUGGAGUAGUAUAAAUAUUUAAUUUCAUUUAGUUAAUUUAAUAUAGACAAAUUUAUAGUGUAAGAAUAAUUGGAUAUAAGUAAAUUACUUAAAUUCUAUUUGUUUAUUGAACAUAUAAUUUAAAUAUUCGUUUUUUUUUUCUAUUUUGGUAGUACCUAUAUAGAUACUUAAUUGUUUUUAAAUUGACUAUCAACAUAUCAUAAUAAAUAUAAUAUCAAAAAUAAUUUUUAACAUAAUUAGAAUUUAAAAGUUCAUAAUUGUAUGUACUGUUGACAAUAGGUUUGUGAACUAAAUAACUCCAAUUAUUUAUUAAAUAUAAAUUGAAGUCAAUAUAAUAUAUUUAAGUAUUAAUAAUAAUAAUAUUAUGGAUGUUAAACUAUAUAUUUGAUAGUUAAAUAUUAAUCUUAACUUUAUGUUAUUAUAUUAUAAUAUAGGAAUUAGGAGUAAGUCAUCAUCCAGUAAUUGUUCUGCCUGGUGUUGAAUUUGCUGAUCUCUGUGCUCUAGUCACAUUUAUGUAUAGUGGUGAAGUAAAUGUGUAUGAACACCAAUUAGCUAGCAUGCUUUCUAUGGCUGAUACAUUACAUAUUAAAGGCCUGGCUGAGUUUUCUAAUGUGAGUACCUUUCUCAAUAUUUUGUAAUAACUAUUAUUACUUUGUAAACAAUAGUUAAGACAUAAGUUCACAAUUAUAAUGUAUUAUAUUAUUAUUGUCAAUACCAGGUGGUUCAUUUAACAUAGAGCACACAUACAUUAUUUUGCAAAGUAUUAACUUUUCAACAACAAUUUUUUUGACAAUUUACAAAACAACCAGCUUCAAAAUAAUGUUACAUUAUUAUUAUUACUAUUAUUAUUAUUAUUAUUAUCAUUAUCAUCAUUAUUUUUGGGGGUGAAACGACUACCUAUUUUUGACUUUUAAAUGCUGCAACACAAAUUAUGAUUCAUUACUCUCCCGUUACCUAAACUUUAAAGUGGAGUAUCUCGUCAACGGGCCACCCCCCAAAAUAAGUGUGACAACAAAUAAUGGUAUUGUAACAUUUUAGAACUACUUGUUUCUUAAAAACCAUAUUUUGAAAAAAAUCAAUACUUUGUGAAAUAAUGAGUGUUGUGCGUUAAAUAAAUCAUCCGGCAUAUAUAUAAAUAAAAAUGAUAAUCCAUUUACUUUUUCAUUAGAAUUAACACUAUAAAAUGUCAUCAUUAUAAUUUAGGUACCUGGUUAUACACCUGGGACAUUUGAGAAAUCAUCUAAAUGGAAAAGGCCACGAGUAGAAGAAUCGGAAUCCUUUAACAGGGUAAUGAUGUCAAGACCAACAUUGAGUGAAACUGAAGUUUUUGCAGAUAUAGAUGUUGCUCAAGAUCUAAGUAAGCGUGUUCCAGAAAAUGAUAGUCAAGAUGAUAAUGUCAACUUAUCUACUAAUGUUGAUCAUAAACCGUCCACAUCAGAAAUAAAUGUAUCUUAUGGGGAAGAAGCUCCAGUACCUACAGAUUUAUUUCAAGGUAUGCUUGUUUUGCAAAAAAACAAAAUAUAUUAAUAUUUUUAUUAAUAAAUAAAUAAUUACCCAUUGAAUUAUUAUUUAAUAAUUUAUAGAAUUAAAAGUGAUGAUUUAUAAAAUGUAUCUAAUUGUAAUUAUUAUAACGAAGGUCUAGUAUUAAAGGAUCGUAUCAACCAAUUCAUAAAUUAAUCAUUGAAUCGACGUGAAAUAUAUUAUGCUUGUUUAAUAUUAAGAGGAUGUUAUACCCACAUCUAAUGUCUCAGUCCAACAAUACUUACGCAAAAUAAGUAAAACCAGUUUAAUUUAGAUUUUAGAGCAAAAGUAUCUAUUAUGAAAAUUUUUAGAGAACAACAUUUCGGAGGGAAUGUUUUAGGACUUUUGUAUUAUUCAAAAUAUACAGCUCAAUAUAAAAGAUACAAACCCUUUUUUUUUUUUUUAAAAAAAAAAUAAUAAUAAUUUUUGAUUAAAAUUCAAAAAACACCAACAAAAUUCUCUUCAAAAUAUUAUCCUCUAUAAAUUCUAUAAUUUGUAUUUUUAUUCUAAAAUCAAAAUUAAGCUAGUUUUACUUAUUCUAUGUAAGCAUUGUUUUUGCAUGUUACCUGGUAAUUGGACUGAGACAAUAGAUGCGGGUAUAAUGUCCUCUUUAUACUGUUUUGUUAUUAUUUAUAUGUUUAAUGAAAACAAAUGAUGUCCAUUCAGUAUCUUUAGUACCAAAAAGUACUUUAAAAGUUGAAUAUUAUAAGUUAAUAAUCGAAAUAUCAUUUUUGAUUGUUAAGUUCCUUAAAUACUAGACCCUCGAUAAAAUGGUUACUGACUGAGGUAGUAAGUAAAUUGAUCAUCUGACUAGUGAAAUUUGUGUACUGACCAAAUUAUUUAAAUAACUGAAUUAUGUUUUUACUAUUUUAAAACUAUGAAAAGCACUGCAUUAACUUGGUCUAAUUAUUAUUAAUUACUCUAGUAAUAAUUAGUAGUACCCCAGACAAUUAUUAACAGUUGAGGUAAUUUUUAUAUUUGAACCCCCCACAAAAAAUCCUGGCAAAUUUUACAUCUUAGCUUUUUAACUACAUUACAUUCAAACUUGGUAAACUUAAACUUUUUCUUUUAUUCUUUUGGUUUCUUAUUAAACAAUACAAACAAAUUUGUGUAAUCCUAAUUUUUGAUUAAUUGUUAUUGUUAUUUAGAUGCAUUAUGUUAAAUGCAUGUCAUAAGAAUUUAAUCAAUUUAACACUGAUAUCGCUAUGGAAACAAUUACAUAUUUCAUUAUUCAAUAAACUUGAACAAUUUACUGUUAUGAUUAGAACACUAAUUUGUAUGAUACUGCAUAUUUUUUCAGUUUUUAUAUUUUUAGAUUUUCUUUAAUAAACUUUACAAAUCAUAAUAAUUUGUAGUUAUUUAACAAGUUGUAAUUUAAUUAUUUGAUCUAAUUGCAUAUUUUUACAAAUUGAGCUUUAAUAGACAAAUGUGUAAAUAAACAGGAACAAAAAACAUUUUAAAAGUUUAAUAUUUGAUGAAUUUUCUUAUUUAUUUUUUCUUAACUUGUGUAUUUUAAUCUAAAAUAGGUUAAAAAAUUGUUUGAAACUUAGAAUGUAUUUUUAAGUUAUAUUUACGUAACUACUUAGUUUUGGUAUAUUUCUAUCAUCAGGUUACUUAUACAAUGUUUUUGGUUAAUUACGAAUUAACAAAAGGCAAAAGGCAUAUAAAUUAAAAUUAAAAACGUUAUAAAAUGAUUUAUAAGUUAUAUAUGUUUUAUAUAGGUUUUUAUGUUACCUUUUGUUAAUGUGUAACUAAACAAAAACAAUGUUAUAAAUAACCUAAUGAUGGUAAUAUACCGAAACUAAGUAGUUAUUUAAAUAUAACAUAAAAAUACAUUCUAAGUUUCAAACAAUUUUUUAAUUUAUUUUAGAUUAAAAUACACAUGUUAAAUAAAAAUAAAUAAGAAAGAGUGUCAAAAUCUCAAACAUACAAUAAAAUAAAUUGUAAUAAGAAAAUUUAUUUUAUUUAUAAUUUUAAAAUUAUUUCGGAUAUCAUUAAUCAGAGAUUGCUGUUAGAUACAGUUUUAUCAUAAAUAUUGUAAUUUUCACCAUUCAUCUAUACUAAAACCAGUGUUUCUUAAAUUAUGUUCCACAUAAUCCUAGUGUUACACAAAUAACUCUCAGGGGUUUCGGGAAGGCCUAAAUGAAAUUAAUUAAAAUUCUACAACAAUUACCCAUUUAACGAUAAUAGUAAUGAAAAAAGCAAAACUAGCAAUGAUAUGUUGCAUGUUAACACUGCAGUCUGCUAUACAGUGUAAUACUCUCUAGCUAUUUUUAGUGAGUUUCCUAAAAUUUUCCCCUGUUACCCUGUCAUUUGUGCCAGUAUAAUAAUUUACUACAUUUAUAUAUUAACCUAACUUAACCAAUAUGAAUAAUCAAAAUAAGUUAGAUUUCUUUUUAAAAUUAAAAUAAUGUUUUUAUAUUUUAGGGGUUCUUUAUAAAAAAAUAUUAUUGUUUGGUGUUCCGUAAUCUCAAAAUGUUUAAGAAACACUGAUUUAUACUACUCAACUGUAUUUCUUACAACUUAUCACUAUCAUUUGGGAUUAAUAUAAAUACCAUUUAUUGAAAAAACCAUUAGUUUUAAAUAAAUUAUAUAAAAUCGCCAAUGAAGCUAAUUUGUCUUAAUUUAUUGAUAUUAAAAGGUAAUGUUGGCAAAAAAUGUUUACGCCCUUUUGCUUGUUUAUACUUGAAAUUUAUUGCAUGUUUCAAUAAAAAUGAUAUAUCUCUAUGACAAAAUGUAUCAAAUAUUGCUGGAGCAAUAAUGCAGCUUAAUUUUGCUUAGAAAUUCUAAUGAAGUUACAAAAUACCAUGCUAAUAAAUUUUAUUAGCAUUUAUAAUUUUUAUUUAAAAAUUACAAAUAUUGCAUACCUAAUAUACGAUUAACACUAUUUUAAUAUUUAUUAAUAAAAUUUGCACUGGAUCAGUGCAAACAGAUAUAAACACAUUAAAAAUAUUUUCUAAAUAAUAGGUAUAAUUAAAACAUUAGUAAAUAUAUUUUUAUUUCACAGAUUUAUAUUCUAAUAAUUCAAAUUCAAUAACUCAAUUUCAAGUUAACCAAGUUUGACUAUUUAUUUAAAUGAAUAAAUUAUUAUCUAUAUAUGUAAAUUAGUAUUGUUUAUCAAAAAAUCAUGUAAUAUGUAUUAAAAAAAAAAAAUUUAACUAUGAUUAAUCAAUAAUAUAAUUUGUAUUUAUAUAAUUAUCUAUGUCAGUUCAAUUUUUAUGUGUCAACUAUAAAUAAUUUAUAGGUCCAGUAGUACAGGGUUCACAAUCAGAUAAUGUUAAAUCUCGACCACCUGUAUCCAAGCUGUAUACAAUGUGUUUCAUUUGUGGUAAACAACUUAGCAAUCAUUACAACUUGCGUGUUCAUAUGGAAACUCAUCAAAAUGCACAGUAUGCUUGUUCAGUGUGUAGUCAUGUUUCUCGAUCUAGGGAUGCAUUAAGAAAACAUGUAUCUUAUAGACAUCCACGUCCCACCAACAAUAAUACAGCUACGGAUAAUUCAACAACAGUGGACUCUUCUCACAAUGUAAACAAGUUACCACCAACUUGACCCAAAAAAAUACUUAUGGUACAUUUAUUGUUAUUAUUUAAUUUAUUGUUGUUACCCUUUAGUUAAUUUUUCUUUUAGUUAUACCCAUAUUAAUCGUUGACCUGUUAUUUAAUUACAUAUUUUUAUUGUGUGAGUGUUUGAUUGUUAUUGUUUUAUUGUUAAAAUUUAUAAUCUGUUGACUCGAUGAUAGAAAAAUAUUAUAAGAUGGUCCAUUUUUUGUAUAAACUUUAAAAGUUUAAAAUAAAUUGCUUUAGGAAUUUCAGCCAUAGCAUUAAUAAAUACUAUGUUUAAAGGAUAGUUAGUAAAUACUAUUAUAAUAGUACGUCUUUAAAAAAAAAAUUAGAGUACUCAAAUUUUCAAUUGAAAAAUAAUCCUAAUAAUCGUGAUUAGAUUUUAAGACACUUAUUAUCUUAUCUUUAUAUAUGAACUAUAUAUUAUUAUUAAUCUCUAUUUACAAAACUAGAAUAUGAUUAUUUAUCCCGUACCAAAAAAAAAAUAUAUAUUAUUUGUAUAUUAUUUUAAAGAUAAACUUAAUAUUUGUUUAUAAGGAUUUAUAUAAAUAAAAUUUAGAUUAAUUCAAUGGACUAAAAUGCUGAGUAUCGACCUUUGUCAUGUUUUAAAUGAUUUUUUUAAAAUGUUUAUUUGUAAUUAUUUAUUAAUAUUAUAUUAUUAUAUCAUAUUGUUAGAUUAUAAAAUAGAUUACCAAUGAUGUAUCAGUUUUGAGUUACCAACGUCUAAUCCAAUAUUGUUUAAAAACUGUCAGCCUAUUGAUGUAUUUUUUUUUUUUUAAGAUCAUCACUGUAGGCAUAUUAUAACGUCUCCAUAUUCAUAUGGUUUGUUUUUGAUGGUAUAAACAAUAACUUAAUUUUUUUUUACUUCUGUGAUAAACUAAUAUUAUGUAAAUUAAAACCGACCAUUGUAAAAAAGUUAUCAUUGUUAAAUUCACUGUGAUAUGAGCCUGUUUUAAAUUGUUAGAAUAUUGUCUAUUUUUAGUGUAAAACCAUAGAAAUUGUUAUAUAUAUACACACUAAUACAUGUAUGGAUUUCAUUGUUGAACAUUUAUUUGCAUUGUAUAAAUUUAUGAAAUUAGUGAACUGUGAUAAUUGUUUUCUUUCGUCUUUUAUGUUCCAUGAACCUGCAUGACUAUUUAUUUUAUUUUUUUAUAUCCAAGUGCCUUUACCGUUAUUUAGAUGCUAGUCAUUCAAAAUUAGACUUAAUAGUGAGAAAAAAAAUCAACCAUUUUGAGUAAGUUCUAUUAAUGCACAUUAAUGGUUCAUGUAGAAGUGUUCUGGUGAUAUAUGGAGACUAAUUUAAUAAUAUUUAUAGUAUUAUAAUUAUUAAUUUAUAUGUUAUUCAAAUACUCUUCUAUAUUAAUAUUAUUUACUUAACAAAACUUAAUAUUGGACAUAAAAUUAAUGGAUAAUAUAUUUUAUUUUUCAAACAGUCAAAAAUAAAUUAACUUAUUUAAGACUGGUCAAAUUCAAACAAAUUAAAAAUAAAAAUAUAAUUUAUUUGUAGUACUAUGUAAUACAGUAAUAUUUCUUUUUAUUUUAUAUUCAAAUAAAACUUUUUCAAAAUUUAAGUUAAAUUAGAUCUCAAUUCAAUGAUUGUAUUGUAAUUAGACAAAUUAUACUCCAUAUAUAAGGUUAUAUAAUAUCAAUUAUAUUUUAUUAGUUAUACUCGUUUUAUUUAAAUGUAUUUUUUUUUUUUUUAAAUUGAAAUCUUGACAUAAUAUGUGUUGGUUAUAUUUUGUUGUUUUUUUAAGAAAGUUUGUACGCUGUGAUAAAUCUUAUGUCCAGAUUUCAAUCAAGUUAAUUAUAUGCUUCAUUUAGGAUUUGGACAAAUAUAUCUCGUUAAACAAUUAUUAUUAUUUUCAAUAUUUACUAAUUAAGUUUAUAUAAUAUGUGCCCAGCACACUUUACCAAUAAAAUAUGUAUAAAAAUAAUGAUAUUAAAUUAAAUAGUUGGCCUCUAUGGAAUUUAUUGUAAAUUGGAUAUUACUUUAAUGUAACUAUUUUCAAGCUAAGAAACUAAUUUUACUGUAAACUAAACCUACAAGGUUUCAAUUUAAAAUUGAAUAUUAUUUAAAUAGUAAUAAUUAAUGGAGGCCUCUAUUAAAAUAUAGUUAGUCAUUUCAGUAAAUAGUAUAACAUAAUGAAAAUGCAAUCACAGGGUGAUAAUUUAAAUUGUUCAUUGUUUAAAUCUAUUUAAUUUUGUUAAAAGAAAAAUGUUGCCUAAUUUUUAGUUAAACAAAUUAAGUUGGGUUUUCUUUGUUGUAUGUAAAUAAAUGAAUUAUUUGAAAAAGGAAA